GGCCCGGCCGGGGGCGGCGGGGGCGGCCGGCGGGGCCGGGCCGGGACGAUGACUCUGGAGUCCAUGAUGGCGUGCUGCCUGAGCGACGAGGUGAAGGAGUCCAAGCGGAUCAACGCCGAGAUCGAGAAGCAGCUGCGGCGGGACAAGCGCGACGCCCGGCGCGAGCUCAAGCUGCUGCUGCUGGGCACAGGAGAGAGCGGGAAGAGCACGUUCAUCAAGCAGAUGCGCAUCAUCCACGGGGCGGGCUACUCGGAAGAUGACAAGCGGGGUUUCACCAAGCUGGUGUACCAGAACAUCUUCACCGCCAUGCAGGCCAUGAUCCGGGCCAUGGAGACCCUGAAGAUCCUGUACAAGUACGAGCAGAACAAGGCCAACGCGCUCCUGAUCCGGGAGGUAGAUGUGGAGAAGGUGACGACGUUCGAGCACCGGUAUGUCAACGCCAUCAAGACCCUGUGGAAUGACCCGGGCAUCCAGGAGUGUUACGACCGGCGCCGCGAGUAUCAGCUCUCGGACUCCGCCAAGUACUACCUGACCGACGUGGACCGAAUCGCUACCAUCGGCUACUUGCCCACCCAGCAGGAUGUGCUGCGGGUCCGUGUGCCCACCACGGGCAUCAUCGAGUACCCCUUUGACCUGGAAAACAUCAUCUUCAGGAUGGUGGACGUGGGUGGGCAGAGGUCAGAGCGGAGGAAAUGGAUCCACUGCUUUGAGAACGUGACCUCCAUCAUGUUCCUUGUGGCCCUCAGUGAGUACGACCAGGUCCUGGUGGAGUCAGACAAUGAGAACCGCAUGGAGGAGAGCAAGGCCCUCUUCCGGACCAUCAUCACCUACCCCUGGUUCCAGAACUCCUCUGUCAUCCUCUUCCUCAAUAAGAAGGACUUGCUGGAGGACAAAAUCCUCUACUCCCACCUGGUGGACUACUUUCCUGAGUUUGAUGGGCCCCAGCGGGAUGCCCAGGCAGCGAGGGAGUUCAUCCUGAAGAUGUUCGUGGACCUGAACCCCGACAGCGACAAAAUCAUCUACUCCCACUUCACCUGCGCCACCGACACGGAGAACAUCCGGUUCGUGUUCGCGGCCGUCAAGGACACCAUCCUGCAGCUCAACCUGAAGGAGUACAAUCUGGUUUGACGAGGCCCCGCGGGGACGGGGAGCAGAGAUCCACCCUGGGGCGCCCCUCCUUCAGCGGCGCGGCGGCGGGUCUGCCUGGUGGCCUGCGGUCACCCGCAAGGCGUCGCUUUUUCCUGCCCUCGGCCGCGGCCCCUGCUCCACGACCAGGGAUGCCAUCUUUCUCUCUGCACUUUGCCCCGCCCGCCUUCUGUCCCUGGCUCAGGCCACCUUUUUUCUGGCCUUGACUUGUGGCUCGCUUUUUUCUACAAAAAAAAAAAAGGAAAAAAAAAGGAAAAAGAAACAAGGGGAGAGCAGACACCGCGCCCCACGCCGCCUGCCCGCGCCGGUCCCAGGCCUCCCUGCCCGCGUCGCCGCCCGGACACACAGAUCGCCCCCUCCUCGUCGCGGAGGCGUGGGGAGGUGGAGUUGUGACUUUUUCUCCCCCCCUUUUUUUUAAAUUAUUGAUAUCCUCACGCCUUGCCCUCUGUUUUUGCUCACUGGACUCCAAGAUGUGGGGGUGGGUGGCGCCCCCUGUUGCCCGCCCUGGAAGUGCCUAACCUUUUUUUUGUUUGUUUGUUUUUAAUUUUUUUUUUUUUUUUUUGGAAAAAAAAAAUCAAGAAACAAAGUAUCCCUGGUGCCCAGAGGCCAAAUCCCUGUCUCCAGCCUGGGUGGGAGGGUCUGUUCUAGAUCUCAUGGGAGCCCUUGGGGCUCGGGCUUCUCUGGGCUGUCUCUAAACCAGUCUAGCCACCCCUGAGUGUUCUGGGGCUCCCAAGGUCUUAUCCCCAACACCUCCCACCCAAAGGCUGCCAUCCAGGCACAGCCGAGGGCCAUGUGCCCACCCGCCCAGAUCAGAGAGUACCCAGCGGGGAGGCCAGGAUGGCGGCUGGAGGGAUGGUCCCCCCCUGUGAUCCCAAGGACAGAGGCCCGCUUGGACCGGGAGCCACUUGCUCUGACAGUGAGGGCGCAUGGGGACUUUUUCAGAAUAUUCUCAGGUCUGUCCCCGAGAGGCGGAGAGAGGCCGGGGGAGGUGCUGGUGGCUCAGCACCUAGCUCCCGCGGGGCUCUGUGCGGCGCUGGCUCCAUCUCUCUCGAGCCAUUGCCACGAGCUGCUGCCCCGAAGGAGCGGGCAGCCUGCGCGCUCCCAGCGUCUCGGGGCAGCGAGGUCCCCGCCAGGCAGCCUCUGGGUCUGGCCACGGCCAUGGCCACGCACUGAGCCGGAGCCCGGGGGCCCCUGGCCCAGCCGUCCUCUCCCAGAGGUUCUCUGAGGGUGGAAACGGGGAGCUGGGGAGGGUGGGGGGCUUUCCAACACCACAGUGUGACUCUACAGACAACACUACAGUAUGAAUGACACUACAGUGUUCGUGUUGUGACUUGUGGGUUUUGUUUUUUGCACAAGUAACGAGAAUGGACUGCCAGCGAUGCCUUGGCCCCAGCCCCCUCCCUCGGGACCCGCCGCAGGAGCUGUCCGAAUGGCUGCUGCUCUUGGGUCUGUCGACAAGUGUAAAAGAACAAUGGAAAAAUCUACCCAAAUGGCCAGUGUGUGCCUGGGCCCCCCACUUCCUCUGCGGCCUCCCUGGGGCUUUCCUGGCGGGCGGGGUGGGCCUGCUGGUUCCCUGAGGAGACGGCCUGGCGGGCUGCUCUGGACGAGGGGCCACUACAUUCCUGAUCAGGCCCGGCCGGGGGCCCAGCACCCUCGCCGGUUGGCGGCUCUCCCAGGAGCCCCUCUGUGCCAAGUGCUGCGUGUGCGGAACCUGAUGUGCACCCUCCCUGGGGCGGGGGUGCUCCUGGUGGGGGGCCCUCCCCGGGGCCUCGGGGCCCUCUCCAUGGCUAGGCCCCAGUCACUCUAGAGGACCGGACUUGGGCUCUGGAGGCGGAGGUGGCGUGAGCUCCUGAGGGGACCCACAGUAUUUACUUCCCAGAGAGGGCAGUGCCAAGCAUUCCAGAGCUGAAGCCUGGCCCUUCUGGAACCCCGCGCAGCUGGGACCCACUCUCCAGGAGGAUCCAGACCAGUUCUGUGCGAUGCCGGCUGGGUGGGAGUUCCGGGGCCUGUGCCUCCCCGCACGGGAGGUUGGCUUUCGCCUGGAUGACCUUCAUCUCCGCGGACGCUUUCUCGAAUGGAGUGCCACCUCCCAUCGCUCCACUGUGCCAGCCCUCAGCAGAAUCCGAGUCCUGCCGGGGGAGCCCCAUCUCCCCAGAGACGUCCUAGUGCCAAUGCCCCCUAGUGGCGGUGCAGGGAGCGUGCCGGCAGCGGGGGACGUGGUCCGGGUAUUCUUGUAUAUUAUUACACAGUCCUGAUUUCAGACGAUUUAAACAGCUAUUUAAAAAAUAUUAUAUAAAAAUGACGUUUUUAACUUUUUGUCAUGGGAAAUGCAUGUACUGUGAGUGCAGGUGGGUGGGAGCGCAGACUGCUCGGCGUGUCGGGGCCCUGACCCCUUAAUCCAGAGAGUUGAUGAAAACCGACUUUUAAUAUCUUCUGAAAUGAAUUGUUUUAAAUUGGAAUAAAUUUUGUUCCUAAAU